CGCUCGAGCCUAGCGUCCCGCUCCCAUGGCCGCCCCCGGCUCCCUGCGUUGCCCCUUCUCCCCCGGGCCGCGCCCCGGGGCCCCGCACUGACGGCCCAUGGCGCCGCCCGCCGCCCGCCUCGCCCUGCUCUCCGCCGCCGCGCUCACGCUGGCCGCCCGGCCCGCGCCCAGCCCCGGCCUCGGUCCCGGACCCGAAUGUUUCACAGCCAACGGUGCAGAUUAUAGGGGAACACAGAACUGGACAGCACUGCAAGGCGGGAAGCCAUGUCUGUUCUGGAACGAGACUUUCCAGCAUCCAUACAACACUCUGAAAUACCCCAACGGGGAGGGGGGCCUGGGCGAGCAUAACUACUGCAGAAACCCAGACGGUGAUGUGAGCCCCUGGUGCUACGUGGCGGAGCAUGAGGAUGGUGUCUACUGGAAGUACUGUGAGAUUCCCGCCUGCCAGAUGCCUGGAAACCUUGGCUGCUACAAGGAUCAUGGAAACCCACCUCCUCUAACUGGUGCCAGUAAAACGUCUAACAGACUUACCAUACAAACCUGUAUCAGUUUUUGUCGGAGUCAAAGGUUCAAGCUCUGGUCGGUGCCUGUGGUGGGAAUUACUCGGCCAUGA